ACAUUUAAGGUCAGUGCUGCUGCGAUGCGGCGGGAUAUUCCCACAAUGCAUCUGGGGAAGCUUUCCCGGGGCCGUUGCUGCAGAGCGAGCCAGCGCGUCCUCCUCGCUGCGCCCCCCACCCCCGCCUGAGUCGCGGCCUGGCCAGGGCCCCCCCAGCGCCCCCGCCCGCUCUAUGCUCGGCUCGGCCGGCGGAGCCCGGCUUCCCCCCCCGCCCCGCAUGGCUCGCUGCCUCUGAGCGGGGCCAUGGAGGAGCCGGGCCAGGGGGCUGGCGCCGAGGGGGCCGCGGCGGAGAGCGAGAUCCAGAAGGCCGUGGAGUUCAAGGCGGAGGGGAACCGCUGCUACAAGGAGAAGAAAUUCCGGGAGGCCAUCGGGAAAUACCACCGCGCCCUACUGCAGCUCAAGGGGGUGCAGGGCCGGGCCGGGGCAGGCAGCCCGGAGCAGAGCCCGCCGGGCCCGGGGCGCCGCCCGCUGAGCGAGGAGCAGCUGCGGCUGGUGGAGAGCACCGAGGUCGAGUGUUACGACAGCUUGACGG